AUGGCGAAACCAACGGUUCACCUCUUGGACUAUGUAGCUGGAAACAUUCGCUCUCUGGUCAAUGCGAUCGAGAAAUGCGGCUAUCAAGUCGAGAUGGUCAGAAGUCCGGAAGACGUCAAAACUGCCGAUGUCAUCUGUGAUGUCUCGGACCCCGUUGAGCUGGUCACAGAGAACUUAGACAAUGACUUACGAUUUCUCCCUUGGCAGAAAAUCAUCCUCCCGGGCGUUGGACAUUUCGGACACUGUCUGUCCAGUCUUGCCUCCGCCGGGUAUCUGCCAGUAAUCCACGAGCACAUCCAGGCGGGCAAGCCGUUCUUCGGGAUCUGCGUCGGACUGCAAGCGAUCUUCGCCGGCAGCGAGGAAGCGCCCGACGUGUCUGGCCUGGGCCUUGUCCCGGAAUCGCUGAAGAGGUUCUCGGCGACGAAUACGAAAGACGGCUCGAGGAAAUCCGUGCCGUGUAUUGGGUGGAAUGAUGCUUCGACCGCCCACCACGGACAGGCCAACUCCACAAACCAGAGUUUCUACGGCUUGACCCCGACGAGCAAAUACUACUACGUGCACUCGUAUUUCGCGCCGUACAAGCCCGGCGUCUUGGAGGAGGCGGGCUGGACGAUCGCGACGGCGACCUACGGAGACGAAAGCUACAUCGGUGCGAUCGGACGGGGGUAUGUAUUUGCGACGCAGUUCCACCCCGAGAAAUCAGGCGCGGCGGGCCUGCGCGUCCUCAAGGCAUUUCUCGACGGACGCGAAUGGUCGGACGCGGUACCACCGCCCACUAACGCGUCCGCCACGGCCAAAACCGCCACCACAACCAACAACCUCACCCACCGCAUCAUCGCGUGCCUCGACGUGCGCACUAACGACGCAGGCGACCUGGUGGUGACCAAAGGUGACCAAUACGACGUGCGAGAGAAGACGUCGGAUAAAGGGGUGCGCAACCUUGGCAAGCCCGUCGACAUGGCGCGGCGAUACUACGAGCAGGGGGCGGACGAAGUCACGUUCCUCAACAUCACCUCGUUCCGCGACUGUCCCGUUGCAGACCUGCCGAUGCUGGAGAUUCUCCGGCGGACGAGCGAGACGGUGUUUGUGCCGUUGACGAUCGGGGGUGGGAUUCGCGAUACCGUCGAUCCGGGUACUGGUGAGAGGGUGAGUGCGUUGGAUGUGGCGAAGCUGUAUUUCGCCAGUGGUGCCGAUAAGGUCAGUAUUGGGAGUGAUGCUGUUCUGGCGGCGGAGGAGUACUGGGCGAAUGGUGGCAAGCUUGGUGGCAAGACGGGCAUUGAGACUAUCAGUGCCGCGUAUGGCCGGCAGGCUGUCGUGGUCAGUGUGGAUCCGAAGCGUGUUUUCGUCAAAUCGCCGGGGGAUACCAAACAUGCAACGCUCAAGACGGCGCUGCCGGAUAAGGAUGGGGAUGAAUAUGUCUGGUAUGCAUGUACUGUUCGUGGAGGACGGGAGACGCGGGAUCUCGAUGUCGUGCAGCUUGUGAAAGCGUGUGAGGCCAUGGGUGCGGGCGAGAUUCUGUUGAACGCCAUCGACCGUGAUGGGCAGAACCAGGGGUAUGAUCUCGAGUUGAUUCGCAUGGUCAAGGGUGCCGUGGAGAUUCCUGUCAUUGCUAGUUCGGGGGCCGGGCAUCCAAAACAUUUCCAGGAGGUUUUCGCGGAGACGGGUGUUGAUGCCGCGCUGGGUGCUGGGAUGUUUCAUCGUGGAGAAUACACGGUCGCACAAGUCAAGGAGUAUUUGGGCGAGGCAGGAAUGCUGGUUAGACCCUAUGAGGAGUUUUGA